AUGACCGUCACCAUUACUACCUUUGUAAACAACUCUCGUUUCAACGUCACCGUUGCCAACAGCCAAACCAAGGAAUCCUUCCAUAUCCUCCCAAAGAACACUGUUAACACCAACGUUGCUCUCCCAAUCGUCGACAAGGGUGUCCAAUGCUUGACCUUCACUUUGUCCAACCAAGGUAACCCACUCUCCAUGUCAUACGUCUGGGACUUCAACUACGUCCUCUACUUCAAUGGUUACACCGACAUUGCCCAACCAGUCAUCAGUGACAGACAAUUAAGAUGGGAAUUGAACGACAACGGUAUCAUCUCCUACACUGUUAUCGGUGGUGGUGCCAACUAUGAUGUAGAUUGUUGCAAAUAUCAGUUAAAGGGUUAUACAACUUUUAUACAAAUUUAUAACUUAAAGAAUAUCAACUUUUUUUCUAGAAACCAAUUAAAUACGAUUUCGAUUUCUCAAAGUUCAACAAUUUCAAUUAACAACUCUAUUAUCAGAGAAUCAAUAAUUCAGGUUAGUGAAUCCCGUAAACCCUUUUGGGCAGUCUGGGUCAAAGAGGAGAUUGAAUUAGAAAAACAACAUCAUUAUUGGGUUUAA